UUAUAGUCGUUACCGAUGUAGAAAAACUCUGUGUGCGAUACGAUACGCUCAUAAAAGCCGAACUGUAUAGCAAAUACUGCGCGCUGAUUGGCUGGCGCGCUACGGUUGUGACUUGUAUGCAAAUGAUUUAUACAAGCGGACAGUGGGCAAAUGAACCACAAAUCACCGGUUUUACUACCAUUGGUAUAGGUCAUGUAGUCAGAUAUUAAAACGUAUAGUAAAUUUAUAACAGAAAAAUGAACUCUUAUUAUCCUGCCUCGCUUUUUGCGCAAUAUUCAAGUGAAAAUCAUCAUAUGGGUGGAAAUGUGGGAUAUAGUGCUGGAAAUUACGGACUCUUCGCUUCACGAUUCGCGGAGCAAAUAGGAUACCAUAACACAGGUUUUAACAGUGAUCAUCAUCAACGAAUUGCAAAUACUUACCCGGCACAUCAAAAUCAUGAUUCUUCUUCAAUUUACGGACGCGAACAUGCUCUUCAUGGGACUCCAAACGCGCACAGCGGACGUGUUCCGAGCUAUCCGCCGGCCGAUGACAAUUCACACCCCACCCACCGUAGUUUUACAAACUGUUCAACGGCGGAAGGCACAUGGAAUGGUACCUCAAAUUCGCCGGAUUCAACACACAACAGUAACAGUCCGUAUUCCUCUAACUUGGACGCACAAAACGGCAACUGUUCAGUGCUGCAAAAAGACUUAAAGGAACCUCAAAGUCCUGGUGAAUCCUCGACGCCAUAUUAUCCUUGGAUGGGCAUAGUAGGUCCAAAUUCCGCACAAAGACGGCGUGGUCGACAAACAUAUAGUCGUUACCAGACGUUAGAACUGGAAAAAGAAUUUCAAUUCAAUCACUACCUCACUAGAAAAAGAAGAAUAGAAGUGGCACAUUCUCUAUGCUUGACUGAAAGACAAAUAAAAAUCUGGUUUCAAAAUCGCAGAAUGAAAAUGAAGAAAGAAAGACAAGCUAUUAAAGAACUAAAUGAUAAUGGCACACCCAAACCUAAGAACAGUAGCAGUAAAGGGUCCGACAAGGGAGAUGACGAUAAAAGUAUAGAAAGUGACGAUUCAUCAUAAAAACCACGAGUCUCGGGGAGAGAAAAAUAAUUACUGUCAGUCAUAAAACACACCGGUAGUGGAUAGUUUCAUUGAUGGAAUUAUCAGUGGUAGAAGUGAAUGUUUUCGUUAGAAAACGAAAAGGAUUAUCGAGAAGUUACUGGGAAAACGAGAAGUAGGUGACCAGUAGAAAAGAUACCCUUCGUGACGAGAAGAAAAUUGUGUCACAUGGUAAGACACAUGACUAGUUAAAACGAUUCUCGCGUGAAAAACGCGUGAAAAUAAAUAUGGAGGAGUAAAUGAAUUGGAUGGAAUAUGUUUGGUUUUUGACGAUGUGAUAAAAAAAGGGUGUGUUUCUGUUUUUACUGUGCACUGGAACUAGAAAGGGUAAAAUUAUACAACAGCCAUGACCCCUAUUCAUUACACAACUUGUCCGUGAUAUUGCGUUCUUUUAUAGCCUGUGUUCAUACGAACACAUGAGAUGAGCACAUAUUUUAAGUAGUUUUUUUAAAUAAUUUUGAAUGAACUGAUGUGAUUUAAGAUCACAUCUUAUAUGUAUACCCAACACGAGAAAAAAUGUCUAUUUGGCAAUUCAGCCAAAUGUAGUACAUGUAUUUUACAUUGCAAGACCUAUUUACGCUAACCGAACUGUGUAUAGAAUUAAUUUCUAAUUCUCAGUCUGAAGUUCCUUUGUUAGCAUUUAUUGUUAACCAAAUAUGGCAUGGCCUGUCUUACUUUUUCAUUUUAAUAAAAGGUCAUUGUAUCAAUAUUUGUACAUGAAGAACCUGAGAUACCGGUUAUAUUAAAAUAGUAAUUAGCUGAAGCGGAAUUUUAUCUAAACUUUCUUUCCGAUAGAACCAUGUGUAUCAUAACAAUAUUUUAAUUACUGCCUUCAUAGAAAGUACUAACUUAAGAUCUCGUAACGAUAGACUUUGGUCCUUUACAGAUUUGUAAAAUUUUCUUUAAAGCACAUGUGCCGUUGUAGAAGAUAAAACUAAACACAGUCAAACCCGAGCGAAAGACCAUUCAUAAACAGACACCGUCUGGCACUUGACAUCACAAGUUUCUUGAAAAAAUUCUGUGAUUAUUUUGAAAUUAUUAUAAAGAUCACUUUUCAUACAGACCGCUUUUUGGCUCGCCAAAGCUAAGCUUUAUAUACACGUCUGAUUGAAAUGCAAUGCAUUUAAAUUGUUCAGACUGCAAGCCGUUCCAUUAUAAGGAUCAUGGAUGUGACUGGUUUGGCAACCGACUAGAUAGUCAUUUGUAAACAUUUUUUUCUUAAUUUCCAAUUUUUCAGUUUCAAUAGUAUAUGGUCUGAAUUCAUACUAGAAUGGGCCGUCAGAUUAUUACACUCUAUAAACAGAACAGACAGGUGAAAAUAUACAUUACGUAAAUUCCGUUUGUAUCUUUUUAAAUUUAGGAGUCAUUACUACAUUUAGAGUAAAAUUUGAGGAAUUGUUUAUAUUUUUGAAGCUUUUCAUCAAUACUUUGAAUAACAAGGAAUCAGCACAAGAUGUGUUAAGACAUCAACGUUAUAAGAUCCUGACUGACUGAAUAACGAAUUGUUAGUCAACUUAAGUUCAGCUGACAAAUAAAACAGCGUUUCAGAAUGCUUCCCUAGGCCCCAGAAAAUAUAAUAGCUAAAGGAACUUCAAAUUGAGGGUCAGAACAUAAAUCCCUCCACAAUAUUUUACUUUAAAGUGCUACUAAUGACUUCCCUGCUUUUCACUGCCACUUCUUCAAGCUUUACGAUCUCCUAUAUAUGGGCAAUAUCAUUUUGAUUUUUUUUUUCAUGUGAGAAAAUACAUGUAUACUUUUUUCACAUUCAAGCAAUCAUUGGUUUGACGAAAUGGAAAUUAUUAAAAUUAAAGGCGUGCAUAUAUCAAUUGGACAUUUGUGCACGUGUUGUCUAUGUUUUCGCAGUACCAAAAUAAAAAAAGGAAGUAAAAUGUUGGUCGACGGUAAAAGUGGCAUUAUUUCAAUAUUUGUUUUGUCCAAUUCAGAAGAUCAAUUUUCGAUAUUGGCAGUUUUUACAAUGAUAAAAGAUAUAUGUCAGAUCGUAAAUGUUAAUGCAAAAUUAAGACAGAAUUGAAAUAUUCGACUAAAACUAACAUAGCGUUCGGAUAUGCCCUGUGAAAAUUGCCAUAAAUCUAUUUCUCUCUCUUGCAAUUUCAUCGCUUUUCAUUUAACAUUAUGUUUGCAUUCCUUCGUUCGAGCUUACCUGUGUAUAUAUGUAGUUUUGUUCCGGAAAAGCUUAUAAUCGGGUGUAAAACAUUAAAAGUGCAAUAUAUAAUAUGUAUUCCCUUCUGUCCGUCAUUUCACUUCAGUUUGAAUGAGCGCAACAUGUCUAAUAACCAUACGCAGUCAUCUAAUUUAAAAUAUUAAUGACGACGUUUAUUGAAUGAAAAGUUGCAUGUUCACUUUUAAAAAAGGCUUUCAAAAGAAAAGCGCCUUUGGAUAAUUUUAAUUAUCUGUCACAUUUUCAUAUUUUGCUGUAACCUAAAGUAUAAGUUUUGUCAUGAAGCCACCAAUGAAUGAAAUUCGAGAACUCACAAAUCCUAAGAAGAAUUAAUAAUAAACAUGAUAUGUUACAAAAAGUAGGUUAGAUUUGAUCAAUAGAAAAUUAAGACUUUCUCAGAAAACCAUGACGUGCUUAGAAAUUGAUACUACACUGUCUGUUUUGCACAUGUUGCGAACUUUUGAUAUUGCAUGUAGUAACAGCUAUAAUUAUAAUAACUUAGAAAAUCAUUUUAGUGAUGAGCGAAACACUGAAGAUUCAUAAAUGCAGCUAAGCUAUUAUUUCGCUCGCUAAGAUAGUAAUUAAGUAACGACAAGAAGCUGAAGUGUGUUCAAGCUUUUUUCACACAAAUGGGAAUAUCAUUGUUUUGAUUACCGUAAUUUUCACAUAUAUGUGAAUUAUGCGGACCGUGAAGAAUGCGGUUCCACAUAUCCUGCUGUAGCACUUCUGAAAUUUAUGCUAGUGCAAGCUUGUUUAUCCGUUUUCAACUUUGCUUUUUUCUCUGGCCAGUAUUAUACAACAUAAUUAUUGCUUAAAAUUGCUCCUACACAACUAGGUUGACAAAUUGCAAUAUCUUCAUUUACACAGAGUUUAAUGUAAUAUGUGGUGUUGUGUUAAGUCAUCUUUCAGCUUAUUGAUUCAGUCGGGUAAUGUUGGAAAGGCAAACAGAAGAUACGUUAACGUAUAUUGCCUAACGUUAUUACGGGUCCGUUACGUUAAAUUAAUAGAGCCGCGUCAUGAGAAAACCAACAUAGAGGGUUUGCGACCAGCAUGGAUCCAGGCCAGCCUGCACAUCCGCGCAGUCUGGUCAGGAUCCAUGCUGUUCGCUUUUAAAGCGUAUUGCAAUUGGAGAAUCUGUUAGCGAACAGCAUGGAUCCUGACCAGACUGCGCGGAUGCGCAGGCUGGUCUGGAUCCAUGCUGAUCGCAAAGCCACUAUGUUGGUUUUCUCAUGGCACGGCUCAAUUACUUUUUUAGUCUGUAAAAGCAACAGCAGAAUUCUUUGUGCUUCAGUUUUAUCAUAGGCAAGACAUGUACACCAUAGAAAAGACGAAAAUGUGAAAAAGUGUAAAUUGAAUAUUUUAAAUAUUUUAGGGUUUGUUUUUUUUAUAUACAAAAAUGUAUAUGAUAUUGUUUAACUUGCUGUAUAGUCAGUUGCUUUUCUUUGGAGAAAUAUAAGAAAUACAAAACGGGUAUAGAUAUAGUGUUGUAGAUAGGCUGAAAAAAAAUGAUUUAUUGUUUAUUGUCCCCUGAACAUUCAAAAUACUUCUUUGUUUCAUAAACUGCUUUAUUUAAUUCUGUUUCCGAUAUUUUAAAUGCUUUAUAUCAUUAAAAAAAUGAGACACCUUACGAACAAUAAUUUUAUAUGGUAUUUUAUAUGGAUUAAAAUAGAUUUUAAAAUGAUGUCAUUUCAGAACAAGGCGCACCUAUUAUUGAAAUCGAAGCGCAAGGAAUAGUUGCUAGGUGGCACGUUAACAGUCUCUUUUUUUUUUCAACCUAUAUUUUUUUUUUAAUUUGUGCAUUUUGCGACUAUGACAUGUGAUGAAAUAUAAAAAGAGGGUAAAUUGAAUUAUAGAUAAUCUUGGAGAUGAUUAAAACUUAUACGAACAGCUGAGAGUAUCUCGGCAUAUCGUUUGAGACAUGAUUUUUUAUUUAAAUUUAUGUAUAGGUGCAAUCUCAUUAGAAAGCAAAACAAUUUCAUUAAAUGCCACAUGUAUUUCUUAAACGGCGGUAAAAUAAUCGAGACAGUUGAAAUAGAAUUAAUUUGUUUCUUAAAGAAUUAUACUCUUCUGAGAUUUCACAUCGAUUGCUGGUUUCUAAAUUUCAAACUGUCAGUUUAAGAGAAGAAGAAAGUGCUGUAUUUAUAUCAAACAGUUUUCAUUGGUUACCAAAAACCUUAAAAACCAGAUACUUAUAUAAUUAUUAACAUACAUGAUAAUCUUUUUUUUUAAAAAAAUAAACAACAAAUUAUGCAUAAUCUAUAAUGGUACAGAGCUUUUCUAUUUCUAUUGCUUCUCUCAUGCUAAGCAUAAAAUAUGCAAAUUCAAACACUUAAAGGGACGUGCUUCCUGUUAAACGUUAUAGUAUGAAUAGUUUAUACACCACAGAUUCGUCCAUACAAUACACAAAACAGCCAAUAGGAAUUUGACAUUUCAUUAAUGUGGAAAAUUUUAUUCACAUGGUAAUCGAGCCAUUCUUUUUUGCUUUGCGACGGUUUUCUUUAUAUUUUAAAAGACUGCACGAAUUUUUCGAUAUAAAUGGACACGUUCAUUUUUCUAACUAAAAUAGUCCCAUGGUACUUACUUUUCACUUCACAAAUACUAACCACUGAAAAGGCUUUUUAUGUCCUAAUCUGGAAAGAGAACAUUUAUCUGGUGGCAUGCCCCUUUAAAAUCUAAAAAACCAAUGUCAGAAUUCACAUGAAAAAAAUAAAAGUGAAGACGUACCGUGAAAUAGCGUUCUUACGAUAAUAUAUUAAAUUUACAUUUUGAAAAUUUGGAAAUCUGUUUUUAUUUGUUUUCCGAAUUUCCCCAACACGACAUUUUUGUCUGCAAGGUAAAUAAAAAAAACGUGUCACAAAAGUGAUAUUAUUGAUUUUAUUUUGAUAUAUUUCUCAAAAUUUUAUUCUUCACAUAAGCUAGUACACAAAAGACAACUCGAAAAUGUACAACAAUCAAUUUUUAUUUCUGUGUUGCUGCUGAGAAAAGGCAUUUCUAUUUCAGCUGUGACGUCGGUCAAUAUAAAUGACAUCACUAUGACAUAAGACACUUUUAAUUGUGACAUGUUUGAAAAACAAGCACCCUGUAGCUUCCUACUUUAAAGGCGUUAUCAUGCUGUUAUAAAAAAGCAAAAUCAUUUCACCUAUUUACUUACAACUGCCUGCUUUUUUUGUGCUGUCUUAAAUAGCAAUAUGCUAUAAACUAGAGAAAAAAAACUCGUGCUCUACCAUGAUGGGGCCCUUCAAGUAUUCUUUUAAUACAGCAAGUAGCUGUUUAUAAUUAAUAAAACUACACUGUGCAAUAUAAUUCUUUUCGAAUUGCUACCCAGGCCGAAAUUAGAAAAUGGAAGACAUAUUAAACUUACUUUCCAAGACGUUCGUGUUUUUUCAGGCUUCGUCGUGGACAAAUUAACUUCAGAAACUAUGGUUAUUGUAAUGUCUUUAAUGCUUUUUAAGUAGGAUUCUAUGGGGACUUGCACUGAUUUAUAGUUCAUAUGUAUUGAUGAGUGAUUUUAAAUGUUUAUAUAAAUAUAUAUAUUGUUGUCUAUAUAUAUGUCAGUUGUAAACUGUAUCAUGUGUUUACUUUGGUUGUUAUUCGUAUUUUGUGCUAUUGAACGAAACGAGAAUUGAGAAAUGUUAUUGACUUUUGUAGAAAUAAAGUAAAAGUGUUACAUAA